AUGAAUAAACGUAACAAUAUACGUUUACCUCCAGAGGUAAAUAGACUUUUGUAUGUGCGGAAUUUACCAUAUAAAAUAACAUCGGAAGAGAUGUACGAUAUUUUCGGAAAAUACGGGGCGAUCAGGCAAAUACGAGUUGGAAAUACACCGGAAACUCGAGGCACUGCUUUUGUUGUAUAUGAGGAUAUUUUCGAUGCCAAGAACGCCUGCGACCAUUUGUCUGGAUUUAAUGUCUGCAACCGAUACUUGGUAGUUUUGUAUUACCAGUCUAAUAAAGCCUUCAAACGCUUAGACGUGGACAAGAAACAGGAUGAACUAAACCAUAUAAAGACGAAAUACAACUUAAAAACUCCAGAAAAUGCAUAA